GUGAAGAGAUUUGCGGAAAUCACGGGGUAAAAAGGAAAAUUAAUUAGCACAAGUUCCUAAAAGUACCACUCAGUCCAAAUAAAAUAAGUACGCGCUCUGUAACGCGCUUUUACUUUAAUUCCAUUAACAAGUCUCUUUCUUGGUCUCUUUUGGUGUGGAAAUUAAAACAAUCUCAUCUUUGACGCUCAAAAUGGAUCUUCAGAUUCCACAUGUCAACAAGCUUGGAGAUGAUGACCAACCGAUCUGUAGGAACGUCGAUUUAUCUCAUCACAAAACAGAUCCACAUGAUGUGCUUUUAGUGAUUCCUGAUAACCGUAAGUUUGAUUUUGAUUUCUCAAGUGAUUCGAAGAAAUUGUCCUCCCAGCCGAAUAAUAAUGAAUCAUAUGUUGCUCCUCGCUUGCACAAAUUUAUUUCGAAACAGGACUUACGCAAGGAACUUCUACGUCGUUGGUCAUCUUUUUUAGUCUCGACUGUUGUUUUUAUUGGUCUUUUCUACAAUAUAUGGAGCACCAUAUUAUUACCUAUGCAAAAGCAACGUAUUCACCGCUUUUACAUAUGGUCAUCCUUCCUAGGGUUGUUGGGUUUUAUUGUGUUUGUUUCAGCUGUUGCUGUAAUGAUUCUUGCUGGUGGAGUAUUCUCUUCUACGCAGAAAGCUAUGCUUAUCAUUUUGCUUCUUUGGAUGCAUAUUCAAUCUGCUAAGUCAAUCCUCGAAGUUUGCGUAAUAUUACUCGGCGGAGUUUUCAUGGCGUGGUAUGCUUUUUGGAAAAAGGAAUCACCAACUGAUGAAAGUGAUACGAAUAAAGGUAAUAAGCUGUCAGCUCAAACAGUAAUAUGAAUGAUUGGUUGUGCUGUGUUUCAUCCAUAGACUUUGUGUUUGUAAUUUGCAGCUCAUCAUAUGAUAAUAUCAGCUGUGUAAUGUUUUCUUGAAUUUUACUUUCCAUUUAAUACUUGUAUUGUAUUGGUUACCAAACUUUAGCUUUGCCAAAUUUCUAAUCCAUUUGAUCAUAUGGAUUGGCAAAAUUGUGGCACUUUCAUCCUACUGUAUGUAUAUUACAACUUUGUUUGCUUAAUUCUUUGCGUAAAGGGAUGUAAAUAACAUAGGUCCAAACUACUCGUAUGGUAAAUAAAUAUGAAAACCUAGAGUAAUACUUCCUUUGUAAUAAAUAAGCUUGGUCUGCAUAUUCAA